AUGACAGUUAUUCCGGACGUCUUCAAUGAUAAAUUAAACUAUUCGUGUAAAACGUUCGCUGACAUGGUUCGAUUGAAUGAGGAAAUGCAUGCUGUCGUUCAAAAAUACGAAUUGUUCGGCGACAGUGAUAAAGCUCGAAAAGAGACAUGGAAAUUUCUUGAUAACUUUAAGAUGAUCGAAGCAAAUUUAAAACAGAUUAAUGAGAGUCUUCUGGGUGAGAAAAGUAAAUUAGAAGAUUUAAAGAAAAAGUUAAAUGAUAUCAAUGGACAAUUUGAAAAUUUGGUUAACGAAAACAAAAGUGUAUCGUUUCUAGAAGAUAAUGUUCCAAAAGGUCUAGUAACAUGCUAUUGGUGCGGUAUGAAACCAACAACGAUGAACUAUUACAAAAAUAACCAACCAACACGAUCAGAUCAGUUUGGGGCUAAUGGAUAUUCAGCUCUAUGCUCAAGAUGCUCUUCAGCUGCGAAAGACCAGAAUUGGGUUUUUAUUGGAACGUACUGA